UGAGCGAUUAAACAGGUGCUAUGCGUCAUCCGCCAUAACGUUGAUUGAAAUUCGUGAAAGUGCUUUGUGAACGAUUAAUAACGAAAUUAAGUGAUUUCUCUUGUGAUAUUUUUGUUUUAAAGUGUUUCAAAUGAGCUUAUAGACAUGACGGAGUGUUAUAGAAUGAAAACUGGGUUCAACAACAAGCAUAAUUCAUCAGAACUGUCUGUUGAAACUUCAUGUGAAAUGACAGACCCUUUUAACAUAUUUUCGGACAAUUUAAGCCCUAUACCGGCUUCCAUUGUGCCUAGGAAGCUGGACUUUAGUAGUUUGGAUGACGAUGAUGGCAAUAGAAAUGCAUCCCCGGCGCCUGCGUCACUGAGCCCCCCUUAUAAACGGGUUAGGGCUUUGAGAUUGUUCGACAGUCCGCACACGCCCAAGAGCUUGCUGGAGAAAUGCUCUACCCCAUCGCACCAUCCGACCAGGACGAGGCUGUUCCCGCCCAAGUUCAACGUGCAGACGGGUGUACCGUCAGGCUCGAGUCACCACCUACACCCGCCGUCUGGUGACGAGGAUAGCGCGCUGGGCAGCCUCCCGCCGGACGAGUUCGACGAGUCACGACUCGUGCCCAAGCGACCUGUGGCCAACAUCAACCCUUUCACACCAGAUGGUCAGGCGUUAAACAAAAAGAAGCGUGCAUUAUCCAAGACGCCAACAUGGGACGCCACGCCUGAACAGCCGGCCAAAAGGCUUAGGGAAUCAAACAUAUCCCGUUACAAUGUGGAGUUCAUCGAGUUGUGCGUGAUCGGGCGAGGUCAGUUUGGGCGCGUGACGAAGUGCGUGAACAAGCUGGAUGGCUGCGUGUACGCACUGAAGAGGUCGCUGCGGCCCGUGGCGGGCUCGGCGGUAGAGCGCGCCGCCCUCACGGAGGUGUACGCGCACGCUGCGCUGGGGAAGCAUCCGCAUGUCGUCAGAUAUUACUCGGCAUGGGCGGAGGACGACCACAUGAUAAUCCAGAAUGAGUAUUGUGAUGGAGGCUCUCUGCAGCAGAAGAUGGAGGAGGGCCCGCUUGCAGAGAGCGAACUGCUGUUACUGCUGGCGCACAUCGCCGAUGGUUUAGCUUACAUCCACUCGCGACACUUGGUGCACAUGGACGUGAAGCCGGGCAACAUCUUCGUGUGCUCCGGCGACGCGGCCGUCGACAACGACUCCGACGACGGAUACGACGACGACGAGCCCGCCAACGGACACACGUACAAGAUCGGCGACCUCGGUCACGUGACGUGUAUUUCGUCACCGUCUGUAGAGGAGGGUGACUGCAGGUACCUGCCCAACGAGGUGCUGCACGAGGAGUUCACACAUCUCACCAAAGCUGAUAUAUUUGCCUUCGGGUUAACACUGUUCGAAGCGGCAGGUGGUGGUCCGCUGCCCAAGAACGGGCAGCUGUGGCACGACUACAGAGAGGGCAGACUGCCUGACUUACCAAACUUGUCCAGGGAAUUCAAUCAGUUAUUGAAGAAAAUGGUGGACCCGGACCCGACGGUGCGUCCGUCGGCGGCUCGGCUGCGCAAACACCCGCUGCUGCACCCCUCGGGCAACAAGAGCAAGUCGCAGCUGCGGAGGGAGCUCGCCGCCGCCAAGAUGAAGAACGAGCUGCUCGCCAGGAAACUACAGGAGGCUGCCAGAUGCAUAAAAUCAUUAACGCCCAACAUGGUAGCGAAUCAGGAAUCGGCCAAGUUCCGCACGAGGUCGGCCAAGAGGCUUCAGAAAGACAAACAAGCCCCAAAAAGAUCAAAUACGAAAGGGGACUUGGAACCAUACGACACGCCUGCUCGGGUGACAGUGGCAAGCGACUUCGCCAAUAGAACAUAUCCGCUGUUCAUCACGGCGAGGCAGCAAAAGGGCGUGUUCUCCUGGCAGCUGCCGAUGCUAGUACAGACUCCGGUCAGCCUGGAGCAGUUCACCAACAUCUCCCGCACUCUGUGCCCUCACAACAACUUGUACGACGAAAACGAGGAGAGUUGCGACACAUCAGCAUUCAAUACACCGAUCGUGCACCUCACCUCGUCAUCACCCGACUCUAUAAACGUGACAAUAUUUGUGGAGACUGUAGAAGAUUUCUACAUUACGCUGAAUUCGACAACAAACUUGACUAGUACUCCGAGUCAGCCGAAGUACUACUUCUAUCCGUUCAAGCAAGAGCCGCACAAGGCUUCGGACCUGGCGAUGCAGAGGGUCCAGAGGAAGUACAUCUGCAACCAGGAGUUGGAGCCGCACGAGAAGAGACAGCUGGCUAUAUACAACACGUACAGGCAGUACGACUGGUUGUCGAAGCCGAAAAGUGUCAUUCUCAUGAUAGAGUCCGAUGACGACAUAUGCGCUGUUGUGUCGAUACAGAAUUUCUCGUGUCCAGUGUUCGACAACGAGCGGGACAUACUCUACGACGGUUAUUAUUUAACUAUGACGCGACGCGGCGGGAUCACGUUGACUCAAGACACGUUCCCGCUGGGUUUCUACAUAGUGUUCAUAGUGAAGACGUCGGACGGCGACUGCACGGAGCACGUGGCCAACACCACGCUGCCCAAGAUGGCGCACUACUUCGGGUGGGCCGACAGCGUCAACGUCACCACCAACGACGGACGCGUCAAACGGUUCAGUUUCAGGAUAAUAGAGACGAUAUCGUACCAGGAGUACAUGAUCGCGGCGGGCGCCGUGCUGGCGUUCUUCGCGUCCUUCUACCUGGCCUUCCUCGGCGCGGUGCUGUGCACCAGGAGGAAGGUGCUGGGCAGCGUCGACACCAGCCAGGAGGAAGACGGUUUAAUCUCCCCGGCGAUCCCGCACGACAACGCGUCGGUGCCAGCGACGCGACGCCGACACGUCAACGUCAUGGAAGUCAGCGGCGAGAGCUCCUCCCGCCACCACCUCCCGCCGGGGGACCUGCCCACCUCGCAACACACAGAGUGUAGUUCGAUAUCGGACACCGAGUCGAAUUUCUCAACGCCUGAUGAGAUCAACGCGGAGAAAAAUCUCUACCUACUGGGAGGGAAGCUGUGUGUCGCCAACCUGGCAAGAUGUCACCCGAAGGUGUUGUCGAGCCGUUCGAACAUGUAUUUAUGGAACGUGCUCACCGUCGCCGUGUUCUACACGCUGCCCGUCAUACAGCUCGUCGUCACCUACCAACGGCUCCUAAAUCAAUCCGGAAACCAAGACCUGUGCUACUUCAACUUCCUGUGCGCGCAUCCGCUGAUGGUGCUGUCGGACUUCAACCACGUGUUCUCCAACCUCGGCUACGUGAUGCUGGGCGUGCUGUUCCUGUGCCAGGUGUGGAGGCGACACAGCUACCACCGGGCGCGGAGUGUGGCGCAGAAGGAGAUGGGCAUCCCGCAACACUUCGGGCUGCUGUACGCGAUGGGCAUCGCGCUGGUGAGCGAGGGGCUGCUGUCCGCCGCCUACCACGUCUGCCCCAACAGCAUGAACUUCCAGUUCGACACGUCGUUCAUGUACGUGACGUCGGUGCUGUGCAUGGUGAAGAUCUACCAGGCGCGGCACCCCGACAUCAACGCCAGGGCACACGCCACCUUCGGCGUGCUCGCGCUCAUCAUAUUCAUUGGUCUGGUGGGCAUCCUGAACGCGAACUUCUACUUCUGGAUCGCGUUCACCGUGCUGCACCUCGUCACGUGCCUCGUCAUGACCUUCCAGAUAUACUACCUCGGACGAUUCAAACUCGACGGCGGCGUGCUGUCCCGCGCGGCGCGCGAGUUGUUGUCGCGGCCGCUGGUGGCGGUGACGCCGACGCACUGCGGCCGCUGCGUGCUGCUGCUCAUCGCCAACCUCGCCAACUGGGCCAUCGCCGCCUACGGUGUUGCGCAACACUCGCGCGACUUCGCGUCACACUUGUUGCUCGUGUUGAUGAGCAACCUGUUCCUCUACACGCUGUUCUACAUCGUCAUGAAGCUGCUGCACCGGGAGUCCAUCCGCUGGUACAGCUGGGUGUACAUCGUGCUGACGUACGGCGUGUGGUUCGGCUCCAGCUACUUCUACCUCGACCAGAGCACAAACUGGGCGCUGACUCCGGCGCAGUCUCGGCAGAACAACCGCGUGUGCUCGCUGCUGCAGCUGUACGACUCGCACGACAUCUGGCACUUCCUCUCCUCCACGGCGAUGUUCUUCUCGUUCAACAUGUACCUCACCAUCGACGACAACCUCUCAACCGUCUCCAGGGAACACAUCAUGGUCUUCUAGAGGGUGGACCUAGAAAUAUGGACCGUGCCCUGCGUUGUGCGGGAUUUUUUCUACGUUAACAUAGCUACACAGAUUUUUUUGUACAUUAGUGUGUAGCUAUGGUAAUGUGCAAAAAACCCACGCGGUAGUAUGCUCAAGUUGUUUGCCGACUAUUAUUAUACUAAUAAAUAUAUACGUCUGUCACAGUUGUACAGCGUUUCAUCUUGCUUUGUCGAGUGACAUUUAACGUCAGAGGAAGCGAGACAAAACAUAGUGUAACUGACAGAUGUAUACAAUGUUUAUUACUAACGAAGUAUAUAUAUAACAGGUCGGUAUUACGCUCUACUGGCGAGGUUUAUCUCGUUACUCGGUAUUCUGAUAUUCCACCUACCGUCAGGCGCAGCGCUAUCUCUAUACGUAUUAUCAUUGUCAGCUACAUGAAGUCCACUGCUCACCAUACAAACCUGCAUCCAACAUAUUUCUGAGAACUUUAUCAGGUCGUCUGCCCACCUUUCAAUUUGACGUCCAACGCUGCGUGUGGACCUAUGUUUAUGUUACAAAAAAAAAAAGGAUGGAUAUGUUGUGGAUUCAUCGAGUCGCGUUCCUGGAGAAAUGCAAAUAGCUUGGGCGGUCUAGACCCAACAUAAAAUCGUUCUGGCUUACUCCAGAAUUCUACAAAUUAUUGUUAACAUAUGUUUGUCUCUCUAUUUUUUCAAAUCAAGUGUGAUUAUAAAAAAAAUAUUUUUAAUUACUUAAUAGACAUCGCUGGCUCACUAUUACAAGUAUCUAAUUGUUAUAAUUAAUGUGCAAAUUGAAUUAACUAUAUAUGUAUAUUUUGAUUGUAAGCCUUUUUUAGUAAAUUUUUUUAAUAAUCCCUAAAGAUGAAUAAAGAGGGUACCAUGAAUUAAUGUUAUGAAAUUUUUACCAUGAAAAUUUUUAAUCUCAUUUUUGCAACAUAAGUAAAAAUGAAUAUAGGACCUUAGUACUGAGCCAGCGAUAUUAAUUCUACUUGAAAGACUUUUCCGUUUUGAGUAACCUACACUGUAUUUCUAUCAAUAGUUGUGGCCGAAAUUAAUAAUCAUAGAUCGAUAUCUCAGAAUCGAGUGGGAAAAUAGACCAAUUAGAAUGCAGUUUGAUCGCAGCACUCACAUAUUACUCAUUUUGAUUGGUUUAUUUUAACGAUCGAUCUGAAGCUACUAAAUAGUUAUAUGCUUGCAAUACGUCAUAAUAUUUUAGGGUGAAUUCUAUAUAGAGGUUUUAGUUGUUAAUGUAAAAUUAGAUCACAGAGAUUAAGAAAAGCUUUAUGAAUCUAAAUAACUUGCAGACAAUGAAAACAAUUUUAUUUGCGUAUUUUUAUGAACUGUUUAUUUAUAAGAGGACACUUCACUGUGUAGUAAGGUAUGGUACUAAUUUCUUGUGACAACAUUAACUUUAAUACGAAAAAGCAAAAGUGAUCCCCUCCCCCAAAUAUGCAAAUCCCCUCCUAAAAUAUAGGUUUUAUUUUCCUUUAACCUAUAACAUCAGUGUAUGACCCACCACAGUGCAUAUCCUGUUCAGGUGAAAAUUGUUUGUCCUUAGUGAAAUUCUUGUGUACUAAAUAAUUGUUCAUAAAGUUCUUAUGAAAAUUUUAGUCAAAUAUCAUCUAUUUAAUGUCUGCAAGCUCUUAUGCGUGAUUUUAUGAACUCACUAUUAAAAUAUAAAUAAUAAUUUAAAAAUGCUAUCUUGUGAUUUUAAUGUAAGUAUAAUAAGAUGUUUAUUUUAUUUAAAUUUUGUCUGUAUAAAGUAACAGUUUAUUUUGAUUACGAAUUUAACAUGAAUGUCUAAGUUUUGUUUUAAAUAAUAUUUAAACACAAAUGCAUUGGUUUUAAAGACGGUCUCGAAUGGAGACGGUGAUAAUGUUAGUAUUAGAAUAGAAUAACACAAAAUAUAAACAGUGUAGAUACGACAGACCAUAAAAAUUUACGCCACUACGUGGGAUAAUUAAUAUCUUGCGUCGUAAUCUCUAAAUGUAAAUAAUUAAGUCACCGAGCAAUUCAAACUCAAAUUAUUAUACCUAAAAUUGAUAUUUAAAUUUUCUUUAAGUCACAAAGUUUUCUAUUCGAGCCUAUUUCACCAUAUCUCAGUAAAUGUUUCUCGUUAAAUCACUUUACUGGUAGUACUGACUGGUGGUAGGUCUCUCAUAUGUGAGAGUCCGCCUAGGUAGAUACCACCGCAAUGUCUAUUUCCGCCGCCAAGCAGCAGUAUGUAGUCAUUGUUGUGUUCCGGUUUGAAGGAAAUUGUAGCCAGUGUAACUACUAGACAUAAUAAGACUUAACAUCUCAUGUCUUAGGAUGGCUAGCGCAAUGGAAUACCAAACAAAACUUUGUAAUUCAUGGUGUUGGAUGGUGUUUUUACUGUUUAUGGGCGAUCGUAUCGCUUACCAUCAGGCGAACGGCAAGCUCGUCUCCUCAUACAAAGAAAUAAAAAUAAAAUAAAAAAUAUAAGUCGAUUUAAUACAAAAGUGACGCUUUCAACAACGGUGCCAAAUAAAUGAGUAUUAUAUUCAUUUGGCUGUCUAAUAUGUUUGGCGAAUAAAAUUUGCUUGAGAAUAGUGAAACGGGCCUGAUAUGUUUUUUUUAAUUUAUUUCGAAUGUAUUGUUUUGUAGUCCCGUAAGAUUAUAGCUUUAAGGAUGUAGUAUUUAGAGGUGGACACUGUGAUCUUGCCUUGCUGUGAAAAGAUAUUUCAGGCGUUACAGCGUCUGGACUCAUGAUCUUUGAUUUUAUUUCGAAUUUAGACAAAGUAUAAAUUUUGUGUUUAAGGUGCUAUGAUUAGUUAAGCAGGUAUUGCAUUUGCGUUAAAAAUAAAUAAUAAAAAACACAAAAUACUUUGUAAAUACACCCAAAGUACAGUAUUCAGUAGUGCAGUAAACCAGCACGCUACACACAUUGUCAAAUUAUUAUAAUAUAGAUUCAACGUGUUAUCUCUUAUAAAAUAUAGCAUAUUUUUGCGUACACGUAUGUUUAUUUAAGAACACCAAUAUUUUGAUCAGUUAUAAGAAUGAUAGUUUUCCACGACUAUAAAUAUAUUUACACACACAAACUAUCGUGUUGUUUGUUUGUUGUUGAAUGACUGUAGUAAGUAUAAGUAUUUAAUACUUAUGUAAUUUGCCGUGUAAAUACACUUUUUAUAAUA